AUGUUCCAUUUCGGAUCAAAAAUACUUUUACUUUUCCUCGUGGCUUUCAGAUGUGGCCAGAUAUCCUUCGGUAAGUCAUUUACCCUUUUGAAUUUACAUUCUUCACUCCAGCAGUCCAGAGUUCUUUGCAAUAAUGAAACGUUAGCGAAGUUAACAUUGACGUGGCAUAAUGCAGUUUUUCAUUCAGUGAUCUAAAACAAAAUAAAGACUGCUUUGUCAGAAAGCUUCAUGCUCAAUAUCUUUGUCUGAUAAAUUAAGUGAACAAAUGCAUGUAACACAACUUAUAGGAGGAACAUAAAACUUUGGGAAGCUCUCUCGAUAUAGGCUUGUUGAUACCUCUCAUGCUUGUGCAAAUGCAUAAUUUAUAAAGUUGUAGUUUUGUGGUUUAAGACAAUAAGAAAACCUUAUCUGGAAGAUACAUAAAUGUCCAAGACGAAAUGUGUCUGAUCGGCAAUAUUGUUGCUCUACACUGGGUUUCCCUCUCUUCUAUGGUGACGUGUCCCAGGAUCGCCUUUCCGUUAGUACUGUGUUGAUACAUUCUAACACCCGUGCUGAGGCCUCUGACUGUUACAUUGUAUCUUUGCCUGUUACAUAGUGUUCCAAUUCAUACAAUAGGCCUACAGCUAACUGAUGACCGACUUUACAAUUUGCUAUUUAAAGUUUUAUACAGCAUUUUCGAAUAAUUACCCAUCAUUAAUCAUAACAUGACCCAGUUUUAUCCUUUAGCCUACACGUUCAUUGUGAGCAGAGUAUUAUAAUAAACCAUCAUAGUAUUACACAAUGAACGAAUAAAGCUCUUCUCAUGACCAUUUGUAUCAAUUUAAUGCUGUCAAUAUUUUACAUGUAUUUGAUCCAAUGUAUCCUAUGUUUGUUUUUGGUACAAGUGCAACCAGAGUUUCUCAUCACAACUAUCAUCAACUAUUAUAGUAGCCUCAGACGCACAGGUUAAGCGGCUUUGUUCUCAGACAGAGGCUACUAUUAUAACAAUUUAUAUGUGUUAAAAUGGAUUCAUUGCUAAUGGCUUCUUCUCUGCGUUGGGACAGGCCAGGUAUCUGCAGAAGAGUCUGCGGAAGACAUCGCCCCACAUUCAACAGUCGAUGAGGAGGAGGAAGAGGACGAGGAGGAUGAGGUGCUGGUGGAGGAAGAUCAGGUCCCAGGCUCGGUAUGUGACAUUGUUUGAACUGGGAUGAAAGUGGCUUCUAUUGUCCCUGCCAAAUGAACCAUAGUACUAUUUGCUCAAUUCAGUGCAUUUUAAUCUAGUUUCUUUCCAUUGUAUUUUUAAAUCUCUCAGGAAACAGAAGAUGACUUAGAUGAAGAUGCUGCAGUUGGAGAUGUAACCUCUCACCCUGAUGCUGACACCACCAUCGUCUUUGUGACCGGGGAAGGUUGGUCUUCUCUUCCUUUAUGAAGACUUUCAUAUCGUUUUACACUCAGUCAUUCAGUGUAAGUUAAAGGGAAAUAUGCAAGACAGCAUGGAAUGUAAUUAUUCAUUCACAUCAAUGGUUUAAUUUGUAUAUCAUUGUGCCCUCCAUCCAGAGUUCCCAGCCAAUGAGAUUGCAAAGUUCCUGGUGGGUUUCACCAACAAGGGAAGCCAGGAUUUCACUGUACAUUCCCUGGAGGCCUCCUUCCGUUACCCUCAGGACUUUCAGUUCUACAUCCAGAACGUGAGUCUGGGUUCUGGGACACAUGAUGCCUGCAUGCCUCAUCUGAGAAAUAGAAAGUCCCCUUGAAAACACACAUCAUUAUGUAAAACGUUAUAAUGGGGUUUGUAGUCUGUUUACUUCCAAUUUAUUAACUAACAAUUACUAGAAUAGAAACUUCUUAUAAAGCCUUUACAAACCCAAUAACGUAUGUGUUACCCAUAAGAGAGAGCAAUAGUAAUGUCGUCUUUUUGUUGGUACUAACUCCGCCGUGGUUCGUUGGACAAAGCCUAUGGGAAAAUGAAUAGAGUUUUUGUUGGGUUUUUGGCUAAACGCCGAAAAUAAGGUCUGUUGUAAACACAGGCUUAGGAGAUCUUAUAUGUUUUGUUCUAUGAAAUCAUCUUCAUCAGCUAACAUUGCUUUUUGUGAAUUUUUAAGCAUUUAUGUAAUCAAAAAAAUCACAAAGCACAUAAAGGGCUUCAUAAUUCAUAAAGGUCAUGUUAACCCUACAAUUUCCAUGCCCCACCAUCAAAAUACAUCUGUUUAAGCUAGAGAUAUAUUUUUUUGCAUGGGCUGCAUCUCAAUCCUCUGCAUCUGCCGAUAUCGCCCUUCCGAAUCUGCGGUGAAGUGUGGCAGAGCUAGAGCGAUGUUUGUCAGACCAUGAGACAUCCCGAAAAUCGGUCUUCUCACAAAAACACCUGUAGGGUCCAAACUGUUUGGCCUAGAACAUAUUAUGACCCUUUUAUGGUGAUGAGACUCUCGCGAACAUGAUGGCGUUCUCCGUUUUGCUCUAGGACGCCCACAAGCCUCACAAGAAGGUCCCUGGUACCAGUUAAAAAAAUUAAUGGAAGUACAGUAUAUAUUGAGAUAGUUUAGUGCCUAAAAUAAGGGGAUAAAUACUGUACAUAAAUUGUUUCCUGAUCUUUCUUAUAUCUCUCAGAUAUAGGACAGACACUUCAGAACAAACUUCCUUUAGAUGUUAGUUUUUUACUAUCUGUUGUUCCAUGUAGUGAAUCUGUUAUUCAAUGUGUUUCUAUCGGCUAAUAGCAAAAAUGUGGUCUUAAAAUUCAAAAUCAAAUAGCUAAAUGAUCCUUGGAAUGACCAUCUUAAAACAAUUCCAUAUGUUUGCUUAGACCCCCCCCCUCCCUCCCGACUUAGACAGGGCUUAGACUCCAGAGGGUUAACUGACUGAUAUUACCUCAUAGAACAAAAUGUAUAAGAUCUCCUAAGCCUGAGUUAACCUCAGACAUUAUUUUCGGCGUUUACCCCAAAACCAUAUUCUUUCCCCAUUCAUUUUCGGUUUUUAGGACUACAAGCUGGCAAGCUGUAUACAUUUACGUCAUUUAGCAGACGCUCUUAUCCAGAGCGACUUACAGUUAGUGAGUGCAUACAUUAUUUUAUUUUUCAUACUGGCCCCCCGUGGGAAUCGAACCCACAACCCUGGCGUUGCAAACACCAAGCUCUACCAACUGAGCUACAUUCCUGCCGGCCAUUCCCUCCCCUACCCUGGACAAAUUGUGCGCUUCCCCAUGGGUCUCCCUGUCACGGCCAGCUACAACAGAGCCUGGAUUCGAACCAGGAUCUCUAGUGGCACAGCUAGCACUGCGAUGCAGUGCCUUAGACCACUGUGCCACUCGGGAGUAUAGAUGACAAUUAGUUACAAAAUAUACAAAUAUACCAAAUAUACACUGAGUAUACCAAACAUUAGAAACACCUUCCUAAUAUUGAGUUGAAAAAAUGUAUGCACGCAUGACUGUAAGUCGCUUUGGAUAAAAGCGUCUGCUAAAUGGCAUAUUAUUAUUAUUAUUAUUAUUACAAUGUGUCGAAAGUGUCCACAGGGAUGCUGGCCCAUGUUGACUCCAAUGCUUCCCACAGUUGUCAAGUUGGCUGGAUGUCCUUUGGGUGGUGGACCAUUAUUGAUACACACGAGAAACUGUUGAGCGUGAAAAACACAGCAGCGUUGCAGUUCUUGACACAAACCGGUGCGCCUCGCACAUACUACCAUACCCCAUUCAAAAGCGCUUAAAUAUUUUGUCUUGCCCAUUCACCCUCUGAAUGGCACACAUACACAAUCCAUGUCUCAAUUGUCUCAAUACUUAAAAAUCCUUCUUUAACCUGUCUCCUCCCCUUAAUCUACAUUGAUUGAAGUGGAUUUAACAAGUGACAUCACCUGGAUUCACCUGGUCAGUCUAUGUCAGGGUUCUUCAAUUCCGGUCCUGGAGGGCCGAAACACUUCUGUUUUUUAUUUCUACCUGGUAGUUAAUUGCACUCACCUGGUGUCCCAGGUCUGAAUUAGCCCCUGAUUAGAAGGAGAGGAUGAAAAACAGAGGUGUUUCGGCCCUCCAGGACCGGAAUUGAAGAACCCUGGUCUAUGUCAUGGAAAGAGCAGGUCUUCUUAAUGUUUUGUAUACAUGGAAUGUACAUGGAAUACCCUGUAAAAUGUGGUUUUGGGGACUUUCUGCCAUUGUUGAUCAGAAAAGUAGACAAGCUGUUUUUGGUACCUAGUUCACAGCCUUGCUCCUGAGCACUGUGGUCCAGCCCCAGAAGCAGGCCUCCUUUGAGUACUCCUUCAUCCCUGCUCAGCCCAUGGCUGGUCGUCCUUUCGGCCUGGUCAUCCUACUCAACUACCAGGACAGUGAGGUGAGACUAGAUUGAUUGGUUGAUUGACUGAUACAUUAUUAUUAUUAGAGUGUCUUGCAUCUUCAAGAUGCCCAGCCCAGGGUUCUUGACUAGAUGUUCAGAAAUCCCCCUGAACAGGUUCAGAAAUGCCUUGCAAUGUAUGGCCUGUGGCUGAGGCGCUGAUCUUGUGUUUUGACUGUUACGCAGGGCAACGGUUUCCAGACGGCCAUUUACAACCAGACCGUCACGAUCGUUGAGCUGGAGGAGGGACUGGAUGGAGAGACGUAACCAUUUCUUUGCACACAUCAAUCAAUUCUACAUGUUAUACUAGUAUUUGGUUAAAUUAAUUUAUGUUUCAGGUGCAUUUGUUUAAAUAUGGUAACUCAUUUUUAUAUUGUUUGUCUAUACUAUUAUUAUAUUACAUUAUCCAUUAACUGUUAGUAUGACACAUUUUGCUUUGUUUCUCCUCCAGAAUGUUCAUGUACAUCUUUCUGACUGGAUUAGUUGUCUUGGCAGUCUUUGGCAUGUACCAGGUGCUGGAGUCUAGGACGGUACGAGUCUUCUCAACCUUUUCAUCUAAAUUGUGA